GAGCGAAGAUGCCAACCCCCAACAUCUCCACCUCUGCAGCCAAAGGCUUCCGCAGGGCGGUGUCGGAGCUGGACUCCAAGCAAGCUGAGGCCAUCAUGUCUCCACGGUUCAUUGGUAGACGUCAAAGCCUCAUCGAGGAUGCCAGGAAGGAAAGAGAGGCUGCAGCCGCAGCCACUGAUGCCACAGAGUCCACAGAGACCAUUGUCUUUGAGGAGAAAGAUGGGAGAGCCAUGCUGAACCUCUUCUUCAUGCUCAAGGGAUCCAAAACAUCACCACUGUCCCGAGCUCUCAAAGUGUUUGAGACAUUUGAAGCUAAAAUUCACCACCUGGAGACAAGACUGAGCCGAAAGCCCCGUGAAGGGACCGCUGAAUUGGAGUAUUUUGUGCGCUGUGAAGUCCACAGCUCCGACCUCAAUACUUUCAUUAGCUCCAUCAAGAGGGUAGCAGAAGAUGUGAGGACCACUAAGGAAGACAAAUUUCACUGGUUUCCCAGAAAGAUCUGUGAAUUGGACAAGUGUCACCAUCUGGUCACUAAAUUUGACCCUGACUUGGACCUGGAUCACCCGGGCUACUCUGACCAAGUAUACCGCCAGAGGAGGAAAUCAAUAGCAGAAAUCGCUUUUCACUAUAAGCACGGGGACCCAAUCCCUCAGGUGGAGUACACAGCGGAGGAGAUCGCUACCUGGAAGGAGGUAUACAGCACUCUGAAGAGCCUGUAUCCAACCCAUGCCUGCAAGGAGUACCUCGAAGCUUUUAAUCUCCUGGAGAAAUUCUGUGGCUACAAUGAGAACAACAUCCCCCAGCUGGAGGAGGUCUCCCGCUUCCUGAAAGAGAGGACCGGCUUCCAGCUCCGGCCCGUGGCUGGCCUGCUGUCUGCGCGGGACUUCCUUGCCAGCCUGGCCUUCCGCGUGUUCCAGUGCACGCAGUACAUCCGCCACGCGUCCUCACCCAUGCACUCCCCUGAGCCGGACUGCUGUCACGAGCUGCUGGGGCACGUCCCGAUGCUGGCCGACAAGACAUUUGCCCAGUUCUCUCAGGACAUUGGGCUUGCAUCUCUGGGAGCAACUGAUGAAGAAAUUGAGAAACUGGCAACUCUUUACUGGUUUACAGUGGAGUUUGGGCUCUGCAGACAGAAUGGGAUAGUCAAAGCCUAUGGGGCCGGGCUCCUGUCAUCUUACGGGGAGCUCAUACACUCCUUGUCAGAUGAACCAGAGGUGCGGGACUUCGACCCCGAUGCUGCUGCUGUUCAACCCUACCAGGACCAGAACUACCAGCCUGUGUAUUUCGUGUCUGAGAGCUUCAGCGAUGCCAAAAACAAACUGAGGAGCUAUGCAGCACACAUCAAACGGCCUUUCUCAGUGAAGUACGAGCCCUACACCCACAGCAUCGAGCUCCUGGACAGCCCCCAGACCAUCCGCCACUCCCUGGAAAGCGUAAGGGAUGAGCUGCACUCACUGAUUAAUGCACUCAAUGUCAUCAGUUAAUACCAGAACUGGGCUCCUCCCUGCCCCUCUUCCCUCACAGCCCCCAAACGCCCUCACCUAGCUCCCAGCCCAUUACUUCUACCUGUUUUCUCCACACAUUUGCACUGCUGCCUGUCACCACGCUACCCAAGAGUUCGCCUCCUCGGUAUGCAGGGCCAGCUCAAAGGAGGACAGAGGGAUGGACCCAAAGCCUGCUGGCUUCUAGGGCAGUUUUUUAGGAACUGCUGGGAGAGGCUUGGCACAGACCAAGCUGCAAAUUUGAAGUCAAGACUUGUGCAAGGAAGAGGAGAAAAGCUGCUUUAUUAAAAGCUAGCUUUAUUAAAGAAAUAAGAUAAAAAGAUCUAUUUUUUUUGCAGUUUGAGAGAAUAGACUAACCUGCUUU